UGGAGGAAGAGAGAUCGUGUCGCGCAGACGAAAGCAUCCUUACUGCGACUGGAGGCUGUGGUUGCUUGGUAAAGAGAGAGAAAAUCUCGUAAUAGUAUAAAAGGCCAUUAUUGACGCAGCGCGCGGUACCAGCAGCGUCACCGGAGGAAGCAGAGAAACGCGAGCACGUCCUCAUUCAAAGCUGUUAUACGAAGAUAAAAAUAAGUGUCUGGUCUGGGUGUGGUUGUGGUUGGAGGAUGAGGAUUCUGUUGUGUCUGCUGUCUCUCAGCUUUCUGGCUCUGAGCAACGCAUUGGGUGGGGAUGUGUGUGUGUCGGGUCAUGACAGUGGGCCGGUGUUUGAAGAGCAGCCAUCUAGUCUGAUUUACCCAGAGGGGAUGCCAGAAGGCAAGGUGACCCUGAGCUGCCAGGCUCGCUCCAGCCCUGCUGCUGUUUACCGGUGGCGUGUGAAUGGCACUGACAUAUCAUUUGCUGAAGAGUCGCACUACACACAGGUUGCAGGAAACCUUGUGAUCAACAACCCUCAGAAUGGGCGAGAUGGCGGCUCGUACCAGUGUCUCGCAAUCAACCGAUGCGGCACCAUUGUUAGCCGCGUCGCUAAUCUCAAGUUCGGCUACCUGCAUGAUUUUCCCCCUGAGAGCAGAAGUCCUCAGACGGUCCAUGAAGGAAUGGGAACAUUUCUUGCCUGCCAGCCACCAGCUCAUUACCCAGCUUUGUCCUACCGCUGGUUUAUCAACGAGUUCCCUAACUUCAUCCAGCCAGAAGCGGGCAGGUGGUUUGUUUCUCAGGUCACUGGUAACUUGUAUCUUGCUAACGCGAGAGCCAAUGACACGGGCAACUAUUUCUGCUUCACCACCAUCAACAUGGAUGUCAGCACCAAGAGCAUCUUCAGCAAAGCUGUCCAGCUCACAGUUCACCCUGAUGCAAGCCCAAGGAAAACUGCUCCAAAUAUCCGAGUGCGUUUUCCCGCUGAGACAUACGCUUUAUCAGGGCAAACCGCACAGCUGGAAUGCUUUGCCUAUGGCAAUCCGAUUCCUAAAAUCCGCUGGAGGAAGGUGGAUGGAAUUUUACCCCCUAAGGUUGGAACAAGUGUGGAUGGGCCCAUCUUGAUUAUUCCUGAACUGAAUUUCGAUGACGAGGGCAUGUAUGAGUGUGAGGUUUACAACUCAGAAGGCCGUGAGACGCAUCAGGGACGUGUUUCUGUGCAAGCUCAGCCGGACUGGCUUCAGGUCAUGAGUGACUCUGAGGUGGAAAUCAGUUCAGAGCUGCAGUGGAGCUGUGCUGCAGCGGGCAAACCCAGACCCACCAUUCGCUGGCUCCGUAACGGACACGCCCUCAUUACACAGGAUCGUGUUGAAGUGAAUAACGGCCGGCUGAAAAUCGCUAAUCUUGCCCUGGAGGAUUCUGGGAUGUAUCAGUGUGUGGCUGAAAACAAACACAGCACCAUUUACUCGAACGCUGAGCUCAGAGUUCAAGUCCAGGCUCCAGACUUCAGGCUGAAUCCAGUACGGAAGCUGGUUCCUGCUGCCCGUGGUGGACAGGUCAAAAUGGAGUGUAAACCUCGGGCAGCUCCCAAACCCACUCUCUUCUGGAGCCGCGGCACAGAGUUACUGACUAAUAGUACAAGGAUAACCGUGACUCCGGAUGGGAUUUUGUGGAUCUACAAUAUCAGUCGUGCUGAUGAAGGAAAGUACACCUGCUUUGCAGAAAAUUACCUUGGCAAAGCCAACAGCACUGGACACCUGUCUGUCAGAGAUGCCACAAAAAUCACACUAGCGCCCUCUAAUGCUGAUAUCAAUCAGGGUGAAAAUGCCACUUUGCAGUGCCAUGCAUCACAUGACCCUACCAUGGACCUCACCUUCACCUGGUCACUCAACGGAGUUCCGCUGGACCUAGAGGAACCAAAUGGACACUAUCGGCGAAUGGAGGGGAAAGAGACGAUCGGUGACCUGGUGAUAGUAAAUGGACAGCUCAGUCAUGCUGGCACAUACACCUGUACAGCCCAGACGGUGGUGGACAGCGCCAUGGCCUCGGCCAAGCUGGUGGUGAGAGGCCCACCAGGCCCUCCUGGAGGUUUAGUGGUGACUAGUGUGAACGACACAUCGGUUGAGUUGAGAUGGAGCCGUGGGUAUGAUAACCACAGUCCCAUUGGCAAGUAUGUCAUCUUGGGCCGCUCGUCACAGACUCAUGACUGGAAGAGGAUGAGGACAGACCCUGCAAACAUAGAAGGAAAUGCUGAAUCUGCACGUGUGAUAGAUCUUCGGCCCUGGAUGGAUUAUGAGUUCCAGGUCAUUGCCAGCAACAUCUUGGGCAGCGGAGAACCAAGCAUGCCUUCCCCGCGUGCACAAACCAAAGAAGCAGCACCAACUGUGGCUCCCAGUGGACUCGGUGGAGGUGGAGGAAACCGUAAUGAACUUAUUAUUACAUGGACUCCCAUGGCCAGAGAGUAUCAGAAUGGAGACAGUUUUGGUUAUAUCCUGGCAUUCAGAAAGCAAGGCAUACCAACAUGGACGGUGGUGAAGGUGCCAAAUGUGGAGUCAUCUCGAUAUGUGUACAGCAAUGACAGUCUGACAGCAUACUGCCCGUUCGAGGUCCGAAUCAAGGCCUACAACAAGAAAGGAGAAGGGCCCUUCAGCCAGAUUGCUGUAGUACACUCUGCGGAGGAGGAACCUACAGUUUCUCCUCGACGGAUUAAUGCCACUGCUUUGACUGCAUUUGAGAUUCAAGUGUCCUGGGAGCCCAUUCAACACCUCAACAUUAAUGGAGUUCUUCGAGGUUACGAG